CGUUCGCUAAAGACGCUUUGUUUACAUCGAGGAGAAAACGUUUGUGGAUUUUUACUGUAGGAGGAUUUCGGUUCAUUUCUUGAGUGUUUAUUGAGUCUUUUAAUCCAAAAUGCCUAAAGUGAGACGUAGUAGGAAGCCUCCGCCAGAAGGAUGGGAGUUAAUUGAGCCAACGCUGGAGGAACUGGACCAGAAGAUGAGAGAAGCUGAAACGGAGUCGCACGAGGGCAAGAGGAAGGUCGAGUCCCUCUGGCCCAUCUUCCGCAUUCACCACCAGAGAUCGAGAUACAUUUACGACCUUUUCUACAGACGGAAAGCUAUCAGCAGAGAACUGUAUGAUUACUGCCUUAAGGAGAAGAUUGCGGACCAGAACCUGAUUGCCAAGUGGCGCAAACAGGGAUACGAGAACCUGUGCUGCCUUCGCUGCAUUCAGGCCCGCGACACAAACUUCGGCACCAACUGUGUGUGCAGAGUUCCGAAGAGCAAGUUGGAGGAGGGAAAGAUUGUUGAAUGUGUUCACUGUGGAUGCCGUGGCUGUUCGGGAUGAGGAAGACAUUAUAACAUGUGCAUGAAUCGGCUUCACUUGUCAUGCAGUACCCAGAGACCUGAGGACCAUAAUGUUCUGGCAAUAUUCUAUCAGAAUUUAGUGUAUAGGUUAAAGAUAUUAAAAACAAAUACACAGAAUUUUCCUUUACAGUUCAGAUAGACAGAGGAAUAGAUUUUUUUUUCACAGUUUCAGUUAAUCUUCUAAUUUGAUUAUGGAAUCCCCAUAUGAAUGUUUCUGAAGAUGGUCCAAAAUGUAUUUUUCUUACUUAAUGUUGACUCAUGCACAUGAUAAUUGAUUUUUAUUGUGAUUUUUAAAAACACCGAUCUUUGUCUUUGAGUGGAGAAAAUAAAACAAACACAUCUUAAAGAAGAUAUUUUUCCUUUAUAUACAGUUUGGCUUGGCAAGACAUAAAAAUAUCAUUUUAAAACAAUAAAUAGUUAAAGGACAAGUAAUAGUAAAAAUUGUAAUAGACAAGCCACACACGUAACACCCAGCAGCGGGCGAAGGAGCAUAGAAAGCAGGCCUUCACACUGUUGGACGAGGACGCACGGAAUCAGCGCGAAGGAAGGAGGAACUGGGGAUCUCACUAGGUCCAAAAAACCUCCUCGGAAAAUACAAAAUCGUGUCGGGUUCUUUUAGAGGGGGGAACUGUAGGAAAAAAGUCUCGUAUUGUGACAAAUUUGGAAGAUGUUCCACUAUAUAUAUUUUUUUUUUCUUUCUUCUUUUUCUUUUUUUUCACCUUUCCUUUUUUUAAGAUGGGGGUAUAUGGGGACGGGUUACUGAAUAUACAUCUUGACUUAGGGUAUAUACACAAAUGUUAGCAAAGUAAUUAAUAUAUAUUCCAGUAACCUAAUGGUAAGCAUCUUAUCUUCUGAGAUUCUCUUUUGGAGAUUCUAAUAAAUUGAGUACUUUGGCAGUGGAUUAAUUGGGUGGAAUGUGGUUAUAAUGCUAUAAAAGAAACAAAAAAACUCCUGUCAGACUACCAUUUACAAAAUAUGUAAGGCUAUGAUUUUGUCAAUAAAUAUUUCUCUUUCAGUCAUUCUUUUUUUUGUCCACAAAAACAAAGUAGUAAAAAAAAUAUGCAAGCACAAUUUUUAUAUUUUUUUAUGGAAUAUGUACAAUAAAAAAAACAUCAUAAAAUUCAGUGAACUAAUCUGACAUUCAAAAAAGGCAGAACCCAUCUUCCAAGACUAAUAUGCUAAUUUCUUACCUCAAAAGAUCUAGCCCAAAGUCCUUCCUCUGUUCCGUACAUCCUCAGCCAACGCCUUAAUUGAACAUUUCUUAUGGGACUACCAAGUCUUUGUUUAUCAUUAUUUUUUGUGUAUAUAUUAUAAUGUGAGCUGAAAAAAUGGUUCCAAUAUGGAAUGUCUACUUGCAUAAUAAUAAAAUGACAAAACCCCUAUGUAAAAUAUCUCUACACAAUUUGGACGAUUUGGUACAUUACAUUUUCUGUACAUUUUUUUUGUUUUUUGUAAUGAAAGUGGAAAUAACUUCUGAAUGGCAAAAGAGUAUGAUACAGUCACAGUAAAAAACAUUACUUUUCUGCAAUAGCAUCUUCAUAUUUGGACAAAUGAUCACACAGAACUCAAAACUUCAUCUAUCUUGUUCACAAAACCGCUAACAAUAAACGUAAAUUCUUCGUAUGUGAAUGACUAGGUGCAAAAUAAGAUGGAAAAGGGAAAACACAAGAAGUAACAAGAAACAUUUUCCAGGAGGUUUACUUAGCAGUUCCACAAUCAUGUAUCUUUCUUCCUCAGUGACCCAGGAGACGCAUUAAAGCUAUAACCAACUGAG